AUGGUAAUAAAGAAAAAUGAUUAAAAAUGAAACGCUCGCGAUUUAGAAACGCUCGAACAGAACGAUAAGCCAAAAAAACGCUCGUGAUUUAGAAGCGUUCGCGAAGGAGCGAAAAAUGAAACCGCUCGUGAUUUAGUAACGGUCGUGCCGCUCGUGCCCCACAACCGCUCGUGUUUUAGAACAUGCCAGGUUAAUCUCCUUCAAGAGGAUUUGGGUAACGUAGAUUUUCCCGGACUUCAUUUUAUCAUUGGGAAGAAAACUUUUCUUAGAAAAGUUUUUGUUGAAAAGAAAAAUCUUACUAGUUAGAGAUUUCGAGAUUCGUAAUUUCCAGCGUAACAUUUAAGAGCUCUUGCCAGUUGUUAGAGAGAAUUUUUUUCAUAAGACCCCUCGAACAUUUUUUGACGCGAAACAGAUUUCUAUUUUGGUAACUGAAGAUAUUAUAGUUUACAGUCUCCCCAUUUCUCUCUUUAGCGUUUCCGCUGAUAAGAAACUUGGAUUUUUUUUUCAUUCAUAUCAAGAAUGGAUCGGAAAAUAUUUUUUCAAUCAAGUUCUAUCAAAUAAAAAAAAAGCAAAAUUGAGGCCGACGUCGAAGGAGGCGGCUCCAACCAUACUCAAGUUUUGAUACACAUAGAAGAUCAGAACGAUAAUGCUCCGAAAUUUUCUUCUUCAUUAGUUGAGGUAGGGUUUUCGGAACAACCUGAAAGUUAAAACUGAAAUUGGAGAUCGUUGUGCGAGAAGAUCAACCCAGCGGAGAAGCCUUCUACGUCGUCCAUGCCAUCGAUAAAGACCGCAAGAAGGUUCGAAGUGAUUUUUUAGAUUCGAAACUACUAAAACAGAGUUUGCUUAAGAUAUUUGACCUUCGUAGUAUUGAAGAGGGACCUGGCUAUAUUUUAUUGUUGAAAUUUCGUUUCUCAAUGUUUUUUUUUUCACUCAAAAUGUCUGAUUAGUUCGAAAGUCCUUUUUCUUCGAACCUGACUCCCCAUGGAAGUUUCUUAUAUGUACCUCUGUGGCUUAGUUUUAUUUUCAAUACAACACCCAAUAAUCGGAAGGAAGAUAUUAGAAGAAAUAAUUGGCUGACCAUUCUUAACCAUGAGUUUCAUGCGAAAAAUAUCUGAGCAUAAUUUUUUUUUCAGGCAUAAUUCGAAAGAUAAAAUGUUUGUAGAACGGACGAGUACGAUAUUCACUUCUCUCCUCUCAUCCGCCAAGUCCCGUAGUCGUGGAUGGCGUCACGGGACAGCUUAUUCUGAAAGGAGCUUUCGACCACGAAUCCGUCCGCGACUUCAAAAUCCGCGUGAAGGCGCAGGACGAAGGAAUCCCGCCCAAGUCUUCUAACAUCACUGUAGUCCUUCACAUCUCUGACGUCAACGAUAAUGCUCCGAUUUUCGAGAGACACGAGUAUCGCGCCGAGGUUCACAUUUUUCUUAUUGUGGUCAAUUUUCAACGUUUUGAGGUGGUCGAAAACUCAGCAGCAAAAAUCGAAGUUGCCAAGAUAGUAGCCAGGGAUGCUGAUUCCCAGGAGAACGGUCAGGUGUUGUACCGAGUAACAAAUGGUUCUGAAGUAAGUUUUCUUCCGAGUUAUUUCAAUGAGCCUCGUUCUUAGUACUUUGGGAUUGACGAGAAGCUUGGCACGCUGUACACGAAAAGAUCCUUUGACCGGGAAAUCAUCGAUCAUGUCGAUGUGACUGUAGUUGCCGAAGAUCGUGGAAUGGUAGGUUUUAGAGUUCUCAAAAGUAAAUGUUUGAACGAACGUUCAACCAAACAUUUUCCGAACGUUUGAUGAAUUCGACCAAUUAGUUAAAUUUCACAUGAACCGUUUGUUAAAAACUUCAUUUUGGUUAAAUUUCAUAACUGAGCAUUUAAAAAAAUGAACAAUUACUUAUUUUUCGAAAAAAAUUUGGUUAAAAAAAUGAACAUUUAAAUUUCAUUUUUGAAGUUUUUUUGGUCAAAAAAAUAAACAUUUAAAAAUUCAUUUUAGAAAUUUUUGGUCAAAAAAAGUGAACAUUUAAAUUUCACUUUUGAAAAAUUUUGGUCAGAAAAAGUAAACAUUUAAAGUUCACUUUGAAAAUUUUUGGUCAAAAAAUGAACAUUUAAAAAUUCAUUUUAGAAAUUUUGGUCAAAAUAGUGACCAAUCAAAUUUCACUUUGAAAAAUUUUUGUUUAAAAAAAGGUAAACAUUUAUUCAUUAAUUAAUUCAUUACUAUUACGGCACUUGGCAGUAUCUGUGCCAGAGUCAAUUCUAUCUCAGUCUCUCCAAAUGAAAUCUUGAAUCGAUUACUUCGAAAUUCAAACUAAUUUCUGGUUAUAAAUUAAUAAAUCUGUUGGAAAAACAGUGAUCUGGAUGGUCAAGGGCAAAGCUAAAAAGCCGGUUAAGGCCGAGAAAAAUUAUAUAGAACCGGUCAAAAAUGAGCAGAACGAAAGAAAGGUGCUAUCUGGAUUAAUUGAAUGAGGAAAAAGAAAAAGUAUUGAUUUGGAUUUUGGUUCGGAAAAAUCCAGGUUCGGAAAAAUUAUCGGCCAAAAAAAUGAACAUUUAAUUUUUCACAGUUGAAAAAAAUUUUUUUCUAAGAAAAAAAGUAAACAUUUAAAAAAAUCGUUUUGAAAAAUUUUUGGUCAAAAAAAUGAACAUUUAAAUUUCUCUCUUGAAAAAUUUUGGUCAAAAAAAGUAAACAUUUAAAAUUCAUUUUGAAAAAUUUUGUUCAAAAAAAUGAACAUUUAAAGUUCAUUUUGGAAAUUUUGGUCAAAAAAAGUAAACAUUUAAAUUUCACUUUUUGAGAAUUUUUGGUCAAAAAAAGUGACCAUUUACUUUUUCACUUUGAAAAAAAUUUGGUCAUUAGGACGAACAUUUAUUUACUAGUCAGAAUAUGAUUGUUUAGAAAAUGACCAUUUAUUUUUUUCAGUCAUUAUUUGAAAAAGUCACAAAAUGAAAAAGAAUGAAAGUGAUCAAUUUUUGGUUGAUCUUUCAAAAAAACGACAUUCGUUUGAAAUGUCAAAAAGAAAAAUUUUUUUGUAUUUGAAAAAAAUGUCAUUUUUUUCAAUUGGUCAUUUUGAGAACUCUAGUAGGUUUCAAAGAAAACAAAGGAAUUGGCUCAUUUAGGCUUUAGGACAUUUUUAUUGAAAAUUUUUUUUGGAUUCUGCUUUCCGUUAGAACUUUUUUUUGAACAAAAAAGUCGGACUUAACCCUUCUUGGUCUUCACAAUUCAUUUAAAGCUGAAGCAAUUGCAGCCCUCUCACUCGACGACAACUCACGUUCGCGUCGACGUUUUGGACGUGAACGACAACUCUCCGUCUUGCCAGUCGAUCUCCGCUUUGGUGAUUCUCUCGACGGCCGGUCCGUCCUCGGUCGUCGGCACGAUUGUCGCUGUCGACCCCGACAAAGGCCUCAACGGCAGCGUCGUCUAUCGGAGCCAGAUUCAGCACUCGCUAUUCAUCGUCAAGGCGAACGGCGACGUGCAACUGCGACGACCACUCAAGGAGUCGGACGCCUCCGACUUCCGACUCUCCGUCAUCGCUUCUGAUCAAGGAGUUCCUAGGAAGAGUAGCGUCUGUCACGUUGCCAUCAAAGUGUCCAAAGGCGAAAGCGACGUUAUAUUGACAGAGCCUUUCGCAAGGUUUUUCCCAAACAUUUUCUCAAGUCAUCCUCACUUCUUAGAAGCAUCUCGUUGCCGGAAAAUUGUUCGUCCUACUGUCGCAUUGAGUCUUUUCAUGCUACGGGGGUCGCCAAAUGGCAACUUCAGAGCAGUGGUUCAUAUUGUGGUUUUACAAGUUAACUCUGGAAUUUUCUUAGAACUGUCCAAUCACUUUGUCAUCCGGGAAGGAGUUCUUUCUCUGAUGUCUGUUCCUUCGCACCGUCCGCCUUACACGCUAACACUGAUUCUGUCGGACUCGCAAGGCCGACAGAAGCAUGUUCCGAUCCGGAUUCAUGCUUUAUCUGCCAAGGUAGCUUUAUAGAAAUAAAAAAAGAGAUUUAUAUCCUACAUUCUUUUCAAGAACUAAAAGUUUUGAAUCUUUAAAACAGAAAAAAGUUCAAUAGUAAAACUUUUCAAAAAUGUUUUGAUAACUUCCAAUUUUUUGUUUUGAUUUUUGUAGAACCAACAACCGCCAAUACGGCUUCAAGACUCUAUGGCGAUUGGUGCCAGAAUCGGCAGCGUUGGUGAAUCUUCCUCGACUGGAGAGUACUUCUACAAGCCGCUGAACAGUUCAAAUUGUCCGUUCGCGCUUGAUGAAUCUUCCGGAGCACUUUAUCUCGCUGAGAAAAUCCGCGAGCCUGAAGUUUUCACCUGUUUGUUCCAACGCUACAACACGACGGAUGGUGUUGCUGAGGAGUUUUCUGUCGAUUUUGAGGUAACUCUCUAGUCUCUAGUGUCUAAGUCUGAGAUCUGCAGACAACAUCAAAUCAGCUGGACAAGCCCGUUUUCGAGAAUUGGACAGUGAGAACAACUGUACGGGAAAACGUGUCUCCUGGAUCUGUCAUUGCAACUAUGAACGCCUCGGCGUCCGAUUCUACAACCGUCAAUUACCGAUUUCGCGAAGAAAGUCUCCAGUUUUCCAUCGAUCAGUUCACCGGCGCUGUCAGCCUCGUAGAGUCUCUCCACUGGCACGAGGUAGAACCUACAAAUGAACUCGCUUCAAUAAUUUCCAGGCUUCGGUGCAUCUCCUGGUAGUGGAAGCCUUCGUGGGAGCGAGGUCGACAAGCUCUGUGCUGAUAGUUGAAGUAGAAGAUAUUAAUGAUUGUGCUCCACAGUUUCUCAGGUAUGUCGGAAGACCUAGUGCAGAAGACAAUAAAAACCCAAAAAAAAAAAACAAGUUAAAAAAAGACGAUAAUGUGUGUACUCCGCAAUAGGCUUUAAUGGCGAAUAAAUAGUGUUGCGCGGAAAAUUAUUUUGUCUAUUUUUGUCGCAAUCCGACUGUCUUUUGGUGUUGGAAUAGAGAUUGUGGUUCAGUUGCUCGUUAUUUUAUCAGGCUGUCAAACAAUUCUUGUCCGAAAAUUUUCAAAAUUCUAUAAUUUUCCUUAGAAGUUUUAUAGUAUCAGGCAAGUGUAAGAACCUUCUAGAAGGUUCUCCAGAGUUUCACGCUAGGGGUAUAUAAGGCGCAGUUGUCGCGUCCAGCUACCAGUACAAGCUGAAAUGGACCAAGGUCGGAUUCGUACGUUCGUGUACUACGAGCUGCUGCUGGGCAACGACACGGGCACCGCGAUCGCCAACAUCUGCAGAGCGUGCAAGGAGGAUACAGUGUCGCAACGCACAGUCAGGCGUUGGUUCAAUCGUUUCGAGAGCGGCGACACGAGCCGACCUGCUCCCGCUGAAGAUCAUGCUCUGCUGCUGGUGGGCCGCCAAGAACUGCUGUACUUCGAGCUGCUCCCGCAAGGCAGGAGGUCACCGCCUCCAUCUACACCGACCAGUUCGAGAAAUUAGCCGCCGCCAUCCGAGAAAAGCGUCCCCGACGUGCCUCGGUCCAUUUUCAGCACGACAACGCGCGCCCCCACGUGGCGAAGGAGACCCAGCAGAAGUUAGCAACGCUCGGGUGGGAGACGGUUUCCCAUCCGCCGUAUUCCUCGGACCUCGCUCCCUCCGACUACCACUUGUUCCGUCCGCUCGAGCACCGUUCGGCCGGAAGAAAAUUCACCAACUACGACAACCUCAAAUCCGACUUCGCGGACUUGUUUGAGUCGCAGCCCCCGGAGUUCUGGGGGAAGGGCAUCGGCGACCUGCCAAAUCGAUGGACCACUGUCGUGAAUACCUGUGGUGAUUGUAUUGUUGAUUAG